GUCAAAUUGGAAACGUUUUUAGUAUUAUUUGGAGGGAAACGAAAUUUUUGUUGCUUUUGUGCUGUUACUCUUAAAAAUUGAAUUAUUUAAGUAAUUAUUAAGUUUUCACUAUGUCUCAAACAAGAAUUACAUCAUUUUUCAAUAGUAGAAAACGGCCAGCUAUAGAUGAUAUCGCUUCACCACAGAAUAAGAUUCCCCAUUUAGAAUUAGUAUCGGACGACGGCACAAAGCUUAUUAAAAGAAAAGUUAACGUAAAUAAAAGUGACAUUUGUGAUGUGAUACAGUCGUCUCAAUUAAUUAAUGACACUAAAGAUGAAGGAAAAAAGGAUAAUUUAUUACUCCAACAACCUCUCACGGAACAAGCGUGUAAACAUACACACGCUUCAGUCGCAACGCCAUUUGCCAAAAAAAACAAUUCCUCUAAUAUUUCCAAAGCUUCAGAGGUGUCCAAAACACAAACGAUACAGGUGGCUCGAAAAGAGUUAAGUUUAGGAAACAUACGCAAAAAGCUAGCGGGCAGUUCUAGGUUAGCUGAAAUAAAAGCAUCUGCAGAACGUAUUAGCAAAGGUAUUCAACAACUUAAAGAAACUGGUGAACAACGCAACCUUAAAGAAUUUAAAUCUAUUGAUGUGGAAGUCCCAUCAAGUCCAAGUAAAAGAUCAAGUCAGGAGUUGUCAUCACCAAAAAAAGACCUUGCUCCUGCCGAUAAUCAAGAGCGAUUUCUCAUCUCACCACGGAAAGUUUAUGUGAGCCCUGUUAAAAGUCCUAACAAAGUACCUGCAUAUGUAAGACAUGCAUCUUUGGCUACCUCUUCAACCAGCUUACCUCUUCCUCAUCAGUACAAGUUCUUAGCAGAACUAUUUCGGGGUAUAGAGACAGUUGUUGCUCUACUUUAUAAUAGAAAUGAAAAAAUAACAUUCACUAAACUGAAGCCCUCCAUUCAAGAGAUGCUUAAACGUAACUUCACAGAAAAGCAUCUAGCUCAAGUAAAACAUUUAGUACCAGAUUUUUACAGCUAUGAAAUUCAAAAAAUUAAAAGUUUUACAACAUCUUCUCAUAAAGAAACAUAUGAACUAGUUAUAUCGCCCAAUCUUCCUAAUGAUAUUAAAGUUAUGAAUCCGAGUGUCCUUCUUGAAAGACGUAGAUUCUUUUAUGAGACAUUGCUUCGACUUGUGAAAAAACAUCAUGCUCAAUACUUGUCAUCAUUGGAUCCUCCGAUGAUCAUACCUGAUAAUAAACUAGUUCGCUGGCACCCGGAAUUUGAUCUAGAAAAAUUACCAGAAAUUGAUUGUGCUAAAUUACCAGAAUUGCCAAACACACAGAAAUUAUCAUCAGCACAGGAUGUGUUGGCCAAGGCUCGUGAUUUGUUUAAAUGCAACACUAAAAUGGAGAGGGCAUUGGAAAAAUUAGCUGAAGCAAAAGCUAGAGGCUUAACCAACGAGGAGAAGGCAGUUACUGGUAUUAAUGAUGAUAAAUGGAAAACUGUAGCCACAAAUACACCAUCAACUAGUACUGUAAAUAUUUUAAACCCUGCAUUACGUAACUUACCAGCUUCAUUAUUGGAAAAAGUCAAAGCAAAACAAGCUGCCAAGGCUCUUGAAGCCAUGACAAGAUCUUCAGAAAAUGAACAAAAGUAUUUAGUUUAUAGCCGUCUGCCAGAUCUUGCAAGGACAUUAAGAAAUAUUUUUGUUACUGAGAGAAAAAAUGUAUUGGCAAUCAAUAUUAUUCUUUCAAAAUUAGACAGCAGUUUUAAGGCAAAUGUGUCUGCUAGUGACCUGCAAAAGGAUAUUAAAUUGCUCACAGAAGAAAUCCCAGAAUGGAUAAAGCUACAUGAUGUAAGAAAUGUUACAUACUUAAAAUUAGACAAAAAUGCCAAUUUAAAAAAUAUUAUUUCUAAAUUGGAAACAUUAGCUGAAAAGUAUAGGAAUGAUUAAGUAGCCCUAAGUAGGUAGUAGUUAAUGAUUUGACAUGUAAUGCAAAUUAAGACUGAAUAAGAAAAUUUGUUACUGCAUAGAAAAAUAAAUAUAUAUGAUGAUUGCACAAAAACUGACCUUUU